AUGACAACAGUUGGAGCCAAAGAAGAAAGCCAAAGUGCUGAAAUCACUCAAACUGGCACAAAAUCACAAGAAUCAAGCAACAAAAUUACCAAGGAUGAGUGGCUGAUUUCUAUAAAGAACUGUAAGGUUGACGAAACAACAAAGAAACUCCAAAUAGAAAGGGUUCCACCACUGCUACGUCAGAGUAACUCAAAUGAAAAUUUUUAUGAUCCUAUCAUAAUUUCGAUAGGCCCUUAUCAUCAUGAAAAGCCAGGGCUUGAAGCAUUCGAGCAGCUAAAAAUUCCAAUCGCGCAGAAGUUUUGUCGUUGCCUUAGUAAUCAAGUGUCCAUCGAACAGUUAUACGAAGAAGUGGCAAAGACUGAUGUAAUGAUGUUUCUUGAUGCUUGCCUUGUUCUUCAUUUUAUGUCCAACGGGAUAGAUAAGGAACAAAAUGUAGAUCCACGACUGUACAUGGGUUACUACCAAGGUUUAAUCUCUGUGGACUUGCUCUUGCUAGAGAAUCAAAUUCCUUUCCUAGUACUAAGAGCUUUGAUGAAUUUCAUAUUUGAUAGUGAAAGGCAGAAAGAGUUAAUUCAGAAAUUCUUUAAAUUCUACCAAUUAAGUAAUUCAUGUGAUGCUAGCACGAAAUUAGAUUUGGAUAAAAGCCCUCACCUUCUACAUCUAAUAUGGGAACAGCUGCUUUCAGGCCAAUUACGAAGGAAGACAAAGAAGAGGUGGAUUUAUGGGAAUCAUUUCGUACAGUAA